CUGGGAUGGAAGUGCCUGUGGGCUGGGGAUGGUGGGUAAGGUCUGGGCCCUGCUGCUUGUCCCUAGAUGCCAGUGUGCCCAACGUGCAGGUGACGAGGCUCACCCUGAUGUGUGAGCAGGCGCCGGGGCCAAUCACCAUGGACCUGACAGGAGACCUGGAGGGGCUGCGGGGCCAGGCCUUCGUGCUGAAGGAGGGGGUAGACUACAGGGUGAAGGUGUCCUUCAAGGUGAACAGGGAGAUCGUCUGUGGGCUGCGGUGCCUGCACCUCACCUACCGCCGGGGCCGGCCAGUGGAUCGUGAUGUCUUCAUGGUGGGCAGCUACGCGCCGCGGGCCGAGGAGUACGAGGUGGUGACGCCGGCGGAGGAGGCACCGCGGGGAUGGUUGGCACGGGGCUCCUACCGCGUCCGCUCCCUCGUCACCGACGACGACAAGACGGAGCACCUGUCCUGGGAGUGGGGCCUCUGCAUAAAGAAGGCCUGGGAGGACUGAGCCCCCCACUCACACCCCAGUUCCCCCUGCCAGCUCGGGGACGCAGUGCCUGCCAGCCCAGGGGACCCUUUGCGGGCACCGCCGCGCUUGCCCCAGUCGUGUGAAGGGUUGAGGGGGGUCCCUGAGCGAGUGGGCACCCGUGGUCGUGGUCUUCGCAACCAAAGUUAUUUUUAAUUGCUGUUUUUUUUUAAAUAUCGACACCCACCUGGUCCUCACAGCGUCCCCAUCGCUGGGGCCAGGGCUGUGACCCUGCCGUGGUGGUGCUGUGCCUGGUACCCACCCGGUCGCAGGCUGUGCUCUUCCAUCGCCAUUAAACCCUACAGACUGGUCUCUUA